GGGAGCCAGGCGGUGCGGAGGUGGACUGUAGCCGGCUAGAUCUCCUCCUCAUAUGGCAGCAGGGACGGUGAAAUGUCGGAGUGUGUGGCUGCUGCUGCUGCCGCUGAUGUGGCUCUGUGUCCGGCUGUCAGAUACACAAACAUCCCGACCCUCGAUGGAAGAUGACGUCUUGCUGCCGUACGCUCACGGCCACGGCCCCUCUCGCUCCCACCGUCAGGUCAGAGACUGUCAGUCCAUCGCCCACGGCAACACCACCCACGAGACCUGGCUCUCCAGUAACCACGGCGGGCUGCCGGUGGCAGAGUCCUCGGUGUUUGUGUCCGACGUGGCGGGAAGGUCCACAUGGGUUUACGGUCACAUGACGGUGGUCCACGACCCGCUGAGGUCUCUGUCGGUGUUGGAGCCAGGCGGGCCGGGCGGCUGUGGGAUGAAGAAGUUGGCGUCAGUGGAGGAAACAGCCGAGGCCGCCGGGUGUCUGUAUGCCCAGAAUGCCGGCUUCUUCAACACGUCAUCUCACCAGUGUUUGGGCAACGUGGUGAGCAACGGCAGGCUGGUGCAGGACAGCGGCGGGGUGCAGAAUGCCCAGUUUGGGAUCAGGAAGGACGGGACCCUGGUGUUUGGGUAUCUGUCUCAAGAAGAUGUUUUGGACCAGUCCAACCCGUUCGUUCAGCUCGUCAGUGGAGUGAUGUGGCUGCUGAGAAACGGUGAGGUUUACAUCAACCGCAGUCUGGAGGCCGAGUGUGACAAGACUCAGGAGACAGGGAAACUGAACUAUUUUGCUGACGUGGUUUCGGCCAGGACGGCGGUGGGUCACGACGCCGAGGGGAAAGUGAUCCUGUUCCAGAUUGAUGGACAAACGGGGAUAAGAGGGAUGAAUCUUUGGGAGGUGGCUGAGUUCCUGAAGAAGAACGGAGUCAUUAACGCCAUUAAUCUGGAUGGAGGCGGGUCUUCCACCUUUGUGACUGAUGGUUCGUUGGCCAGCUACCCGUCUGAUCACUGCCAGCUGGACAACAGGUGGCGCUGCGCCCGUCGUAUCUCCACCAUCCUGUGCGUUCACCCGCGGCGUUGCCAGCCGGCGGACUGCAGCGGACACGGAGACUGUGUGGACGGACACUGUCGCUGUCAGGACGGUUGGCAUGGAGACGCAUGCGACGCUCUGUUGUGUCAGCAGCCAGCAUGCGGCUCACACGGAGUCUGCACACCAAAUGGCUGCGCCUGUGAUGCUGGAUGGAGAGGAAAGAACUGCAGCCAAGAGUGCCUUCCCGGUUUCUACGGUGACGGCUGCAAUCAGACCUGCGCCUGCGUUAACGGCGGCUCCUGCGACCACGUCCACGGCCGCUGCACAUGCCCUCCCGGUUUCCACGGCAACACCUGUGAACAAGCGUGUCCUUUGGGGUUUUUCGGCGUUUCAUGCGCUGAAAAGUGUCGCUGUGACAACGAGUGUCCAUGUGACCCGGUGGCAGGAAGCUGCAACGCCACGCUGCCAGGAGAGACCACCAAUAUGUUACAAAGAGCUGGACACUGCCUGGCCAAAAAGAUGUUUACAACAUGGAGGGAGGAGGAAGAAGCUCACAGAGAGCAGCCUUAUCUAACAGAACGUUCCUGGUUGAUUCUCUCCAUCUCUCUCACCUCUCUGCUCUGCGUCAGCCUCCUCGCUCACAUCGUCGGCUGUCUCUCUCGUGGCUCGGCGGCGGCCUCGGCUCACUUCGGCGAGCGGCGCGACUACUCAUACGUCCCACUCAACAACAUCAACGGAGUCUCUUCACAGGGUGGGAACAAAAGAGGAAGAGGAGGAGGAAGAGGAGGAGAAGGUUUGGAGGACUCUGACUCUCAGGAUGAAAUCUGGUCUCCGCAGCACUGACACACACUGACUGCUUCAUGUCUCACAUUUCUACUGACAAUCCUGCUUCAUAAAGAAAGGAAGACUUCCAGGAGACACAAAAAGAAGAAGAAGAAGAAGAAGAAGAAGCAGGUAGGACGAAGUGUUUAACGAGCUUUUUCUCUCCUCGUGAUGCACUGAUGCUUCAUCAUGUUUGAAUGUAACGCGACAACAAUAAUCAUAAAUCAUAUCAGAUAAAAGUGAUAAAAGCACAAUGUUUUGUUUUGUUUGUAUUGAAGUCAUCUUUAUGCCAUAAAGGUGUCGACUCAUUAAAUCAAGUUUUCAUGAUGCUCUCAAACAUUCCUGGUUUGUAAAUGGCAGGGUUUUUUUCUGCCUGUUUUAAACUCAUGAAUAAAUAUUAAUAUCAG